GCAGCAGGAAGGUUUCUGUCCCACUGCGCAGAACAAGAAUGUUAAUUGCACGGCAAGCUGGACACGGAGGCACGUUGCCUCAUGGAGCACUGUGCUGGUGCAAGGAGACAAGCCCGAGAGCGUGACCCCUUGUCUCCAAGCGAAGAGCAAGGUCGCGCACUGCUGGUCCUCCUGCUGUCUGCUACAGUCUCUCUCCUGGGCGGGCUGAUAUUUGGAUACGAGCUGGGGAUUAUCUCCGGUGCGCUGCUGCAGCUGCAAACAGACUUUCACCUCGGCUGCUUCAGGCAGGAAGUUCUGGUGAGCUCCCUCCUCAUCGGGGCGCUCCUCGCCUCUCUGGUGGGGGGCAUCCUCAUUGACCGCCAUGGCCGGAGGAGAGCAAUCCUGGUCAGCAACUUGGUCCUGCUGUUCGGCAGCCUUAUUCUGACGUUGGCGAGGUCGUUCAUUGGGCUGGUCAUUGGGCGCAUGACCGUGGGCUUUGCCAUCUCUGUCUCAUCCAUGGCCUGCUGCAUCUAUGUCUCGGAGAUGGUGGCGGCCCAUCAGCGAGGGCUGCUGGUGUCUCUCUACGAAGCAGGUAUCACUGUAGGCAUCCUGCUGUCGUAUGCACUGAAUUACGUCUUUGCGGACGUGGAUGAGGGAUGGAGGUACAUGUUUGGACUGGCCAUUGCCCCGACAGCCAUGCAGUUCCUCAGCAUCCUCUUUCUCCCAGUGAACCCCGUUAAAUUAAACUCGUGGGACUCAGACUGCCAGAAGGGUCUCAUUCAACUGCAGACUGCUGAGGACAGAGAGGCAGCAAAGCAGGAGUCCUAUAAGGAGAAGCACUACUCAUUUCUUGACCUUUUCAGGACCAGAGACAACAUGAGAAGACGCACUCUGGUGGGCCUGGGCCUGGUGCUCUUCCAGCAGUUCACUGGGCAGCCCAACGUGCUGGGCUAUGCCUCCAAAAUCUUCCACUCGGUGGGAUUCCAGAGCAACUCCUCCGCCAUCCUGGCCUCUGUUGGGCUGGGGGCGAUAAAGGUGGUGGCCACGCUCGUCGCGAUGGCGUUUGCAGACAAGGCCGGCAGGAGAGUGCUGCUCAUCGCCGGCUGCGUGGUGAUGGCAAUCUCCGUCACCACCAUUGGCCUCACCAGCUGCAUCACUCCGCUGGCCAUGGCCAGGGACUGCACGGCGGCCGCAGACCCCAACGCAUCCCACAGCCUCGGCCAGCAUCCCCUGACGCCCCUGUCCUCCCAACCCACUGGGUUCCGUGUCCCACCAGCAUUAGGUGAAGGCAACGGGCAGGGGGGUCCUGGUUCUGCUGCCGCACAGAGCCUUACAAAAGCCUUCGCCGGUGCUCAGAGCAGGGAGGCUGUUACUGACUCUUCCCACACCCAGAAGAUGGGCUUGGCAAGUCAGUCCAAAACAGAGACAGGAGAGAGCUCAGGCCCUCCUUUUGGUGGUGCUCCCCCGACAGAACAUAUGGUUUUAAAUUGGAUUACGCUGCUGAGCAUGAUGGCUUUCGUGAGCGCAUUCUCAAUUGGAUUUGGACCAAUGACCUGGCUGGUCCUCAGUGAGAUCUACCCAGCUGGAAUAAGAGGAAGAGCCUUUGCUUUCUGCAACAGCUUUAACUGGGCCGCCAAUUUACUGAUCAGCCUCUCCUUCCUAGACCUUAUUGAUGCCAUUGGUUUCUCUUGGAUGUUUCUUCUCUAUGGACUGAUGGGAGUGAUGGCUGUUAUAUUCAUUUACCUUUUUGUUCCGGAAACAAAAGGCCAGUCCUUAGAGGAGAUAGACCAGCAGUUCUCCAGGAAACGGUUGUGGGAAGGGAGCGGGUGUAAGCCGAGGCGUGCAAGAGGAGCGAGCUGCACACAUGGGCAGUACCAGCGAGUGGAGCACACCAGCAGCACCUGAAACCAGGGACCAGCAGCGUCACCCUGAGGAGGGGAGCAGACCGUGCCAUUGGGACAUUUCUUCUUGUGGCCUGUGACUGGUGACCUCUGCUCAGAGGCUGCUCUCCCUGCAGUGCCUUCAGCCUUGGGACAUGCCCAUAGCUGUCCUCUGCGUCCUUGGAGAGUCGCUGGUCCCAGGCAGGGAACACACCCUUCCUUUGGUAUCUUUUAUUGUUCACGGUUUGUAUCUCCUAUCGUUUAAGAGAUUAAUGGUUUUGUAUGCAGGAAAUAAAACAAUUUUUGCUGACA